GCUGUCUGUCAGCAGGCGGGCGUCUGCACAACGCCCCGCCCUGCGCCGCUGCUCCUGGAGCCUAGCGCCCUGGCUCUGAGCCGGGCAGCCGAGUGCGCAGAGCCGCCCAGCCUCCGCCGGCCGCCGGGACAGAUGGAUAAUGUGCCCAGAGUCAGGCAAAGCUGGAAUGAUGCUCACUGAGUUUAACGCAUUGUUAGUCUGCCAGGAAGAGGAGCCUUUGCAGCUGCUGGCCUCCCAUAGGCCGCUCCAGAGAGGACAGCUGGUAUCUCAGAAGUGAGGGGCAGGAUGCCCCCUGGGGUUGACUGCCCCAUGGAAUUCUGGACCAAAGAGGAGAACCAGAGUGUGGCAGUGGAUUUCUUGUUGCCCACAGGGGUGUAUCUGAACUUCCCCGUGGCCCGGAAUGCUAAUCUCAGCACCAUCAAGAAGGUGCUGUGGCACCGGGCCCAGUACGAGCCGCUCUUUCACAUGCUCAGUGACCCCGAGGCCUACGUGUUCACCUGUGUCAACCAGACGGCGGAGCGGCAGGAGCUGGAGGAUGAGCAGCGGCGGCUGUGUGACAUCCAGCCCUUCCUGCCGGUGCUGCGCCUGGUGGCCCGGGAGGGCGACCGGGCCAAGAAGCUCGUCAACUCGCAGAUCAGCCUGCUCAUCGGCAGAGGCCUCCACGAGUUUGACUCCUUGCGCGACCCGGAGGUGAAUGACUUUCGGGCCAAGAUGCGCCAGUUCUGUGAGGAAGCGGCCAUGCGGAGGCAGCAGCUGGGCUGGGAGGCCUGGCUUCAGUACAGCUUCCCCCUGCAGCUGGAGCCCUCCGCGCACAGCUGGGGGCUCAGCACCGACCGGGCCCUGUUGGUCAACGUGAAGUUUGAGGGCAGCGAGGAGAGCUUCACCUUCCAGGUGUCCACCAAGGACCCGCCCUUGGCACUGGUGGCCUGCGCCCUCCGCAAGAAGGCCACGGUGUUCCGGCAGCCGCUGGUGGAGCAGGCUGAGGACUACGCCCUGCAGGUGAACGGGAAGCACGAGUACCUGUACGGCACCUACCCGCUCUGCCAGUUCCAGUAUAUCUGCAGCUGCUUACACAGUGGGCUGACCCCCCACCUCACCAUGGUGCACUCCUCCUCCAUCCUGGCCAUGCGGGACGAGCAGAGCAAGCCCGCACCCCAAGUCCAGAAGCCGCCACGCAGCAAACCACCCCCCAUCCCCGUGAAGAAGCCAUCCUGCACAUCCCUGUGGUCCCUGGAGCAGCCCUUCUGCAUCCAGCUGAUCCAGGGCAGUAAAGUCAACGCAGAUGAGCGCAUGAAGCUGGUGGUCCAGGCUGGUCUCUUCCACGGCAAUGAGACACUGUGCAAGACUGUGUCCAGCUCGGAGGUGAAUGUGUGCUCGGAGCCCGUGUGGAAGCAGCAGCUGGAGUUUGACAUCAACGUCUGCGACCUGCCUCGCAUGGCGCGGCUGUGCUUUGCGCUCUACGCCGUCAUCGAGAAGGCCAAGAAGGCCCGCUCCACCAAGAAAAAGUCCAAGAAGGCGGACUGCCCUAUCGCCUGGGCCAACCUCAUGCUGUUCGACUACAAGGACCAGCUCAAGACGGGCGAGUGCUGCCUCUACAUGUGGCCCUCCGUGCCAGACGAGAAGGGGGAGCUGCUGAAUCCCACGGGAACUGUGCGGAGCAACCCCAACACCGAGAGCACGGCUGCCCUGCUCAUCUGUCUACCAGAGGUGGCUCCUCACCCUGUGUACUACCCUGCCCUGGACAAGAUCCUGGAGCUUGGGCGGCAUGGGGAGCAGGGCCGCUUCACAGAGGAGGAGCAGCUGCAGCUUCGGGAGCUCCUGGACCGGCGGGGCUCUGGGGAGCUGUACGAGCACGAGAAGGACUUGGUGUGGAAGAUGAGGCAUGAGAUCCAGGAGCACUUCCCAGAGGCGCUGGCCCGGCUGCUGCUGGUCACCAAGUGGAACAAGCACGAGGAUGUGGCCCAGAUGCUAUGCCUGCUGUGCUCCUGGCCCGAGCUGCCGGUCUUGAGCGCCCUGGAGCUGCUGGACUUCAGCUUCCCAGACCGCCAUGUGGGCUCCUUCGCCAUCAAGUCCUUGCGGAAGCUGACGGAUGACGAGCUUUCCCAGUACCUGCUGCAGCUGGUGCAAGUGCUCAGGUACGAGUCCUACCUGGACUGCGAGCUGACCAAGUUCCUGCUGGACCGGGCCCUGGCCAACCGCAAGAUAGGCCACUUCCUCUUCUGGCACCUCCGUUCCGAGAUGCACGUGCCUGCCGUGGCCCUGCGCUUCGGCCUCAUCAUGGAGGCCUACUGCCGGGGCAGCACCUGUCACAUGAAGGCGCUGAUGAGACAGGGGGAGGCCCUGAACAAACUGAAGGCCCUGAACGACUUCGUCAAAGUCAGCUCCCAGAAGACCACCAAGCCGCAGACCAAGGAGCUCAUGCAGCUGUGCAUGCGCCAGGAGACCUACGUGGAGGCACUGUCCCACCUGCAGUCCCCGCUGGACCCCAGCACCCUGCUGGCCGAAGUCUGCGUGGAGCAGUGCACCUUCAUGGACUCCAAGAUGAAACCGCUGUGGCUCGUGUACAGCAGUGAGGAGGCGGGCAGCACGGGCAUCAUCUUCAAGAAUGGGGAUGACCUCCGGCAGGACAUGCUGACACUGCAGAUGAUCCAGCUUAUGGAUGUGCUGUGGAAGCAGGAGGGGCUGGACCUCAGAAUGACCCCCUACGGCUGCCUGUCCACCGGGGACCGGACGGGCCUCAUUGAGGUCGUGCUCCACUCAGACACCAUUGCCAACAUCCAACUCAACAAGAGCAACAUGGCCGCCACAGCCGCCUUCAACAAGGACGCCCUGCUCAACUGGCUCAAGUCCAAGAACCCUGGGGAGGCCCUGGACAGAGCCAUCGAGGAGUUCACCCUCUCCUGCGCAGGCUACUGUGUGGCCACGUACGUGCUGGGCAUCGGUGAUCGGCACAGUGACAACAUCAUGAUCCGGGAGAACGGGCAGCUUUUCCACAUUGACUUUGGUCACUUUCUGGGGAAUUUCAAAACCAAGUUUGGGAUCAACCGGGAGCGCGUGCCGUUCAUCCUCACUUACGACUUUGUGCACGUCAUCCAGCAGGGCAAGACCAGCAACAGUGAGAAGUUUGAGAGGUUCCGGGGCUACUGUGAGCGAGCCUACACCAUCCUGCGGCGCCACGGGCCGCUAUUCCUCCACCUGUUUGCCCUGAUGCGGGCGGCGGGCCUGCCCGAGCUCAGCUGCUCCAAGGACAUCCAGUACCUCAAGGACUCUCUGGCGUUGGGAAAAACAGAGGAGGAGGCCCUCAAACACUUCCGAGUGAAGUUUAACGAAGCCCUGCGGGAGAGCUGGAAGACCAAAGUGAACUGGCUGGCCCACAACGUGUCUAAAGACAACAGGCAGUAGCAGCCCCUCUAGACCCUGGGUCCGAGAAAAACAGGCCUUAAACACUGGCAGACAGGCAGCCUCAGCCCCUGGGGUCCGGACGCCUGAACGCGGCCCACGGAAAAGAGCAUCUGCGCGCGGCCUUCUGUUUACACUGGUUACUUAUUUAUGACUUGACAUGUUUCAGGAACGAAGCAGCCAUAAAAGGACCUUGCACCCUUUGUGCAGGGGAGGGCCGGUCUCUCCGUCCGUCCAGAUCACAGCCUUGGUGAGACGGUGCCGAGGUGGGCAUCUCGAGGCCGAGUCUCACCCAGGACCGUGCCCUCAAGUCUCCCAGCUGGUGGGUCUGGACUCCGAGGUCUUCCCUGUGGGGCAGCCUCCCUGCUCCUUGGGCCCCUGGCUGCUCAGCCCAGCAGCUGCCCCCUCCACGCCUCCCUCCCCCUUCCAGCUCUGCUGACAGAGUUCUGGGCAGCUCCCAGAGGAAGCCUGCUCAGCCCAGCAGCCCCCUCCACGCCUCCCCCGCCUCAGCUCUGUUGACAGAGCUCUGGGCAGCUCCCAGAGGAAGCCUGGGCACCCUCCUCUCAAGUCAGGGAAUCUUGCUUGCCAUUUUGAAAGCAACUCCUGGGUUCGAGGCUUCUCUCCUCUGGGCUGUGGACGUGAUUCGGUGUGCGGGUAAGAGAGCCAGAUAGCCUGACUACGCGCUCGGCCUCUGUGGUUCAGGAUGGCCCCCGGCCCCCAUGAAGUCUCAGGUACCACCUGGCUGGGCAGUUACACAGGCCGGAGCUCGACUGAGCUCACCUGGGCAUGGAGCCAGGGAACGGAGCAAGGAAAAGGCAGGUGGGAGCGUAGUGAGCUGAGCCUCUCCCCGCAGUCUGGGGGAGGGAGGAGAGCGCCCUCUGAGAGCUUGUGGACAGCGGUCAGGCACCGGAGACUAGGCAGGGGCACAGGCGAGGCAAACAGCUCCAGAUCUGAGUUCAGGAGAUGCAGGUAUCCCCCUCCACAGGCGAGCAUGGGCGGAGGCUCGGAGUCUGGCUUGUGGAAGCCCUCACAUCAGCAGCUCUACUGCCAGCCUCUCGGGGCCUUGCUAGGAGGGGCAGGAGUAGCUGCCUGCCCACAGUUUCGGAGAGCGAGUGGGGAGGAGAGGGCACAGCAGCUGCCUGGACUUGCAUGCCUGGAGCUCAGCCAGGUCCAGGCUCAGUCUCAGCACCACCACGUAUGCCAGAGCCGAGCUGUGCUCUAGCACCCCCUCUGCCCCCAAAAACAAACAGGGACGUCAGGGACGGCAGCAGAGCUCAGUCCCACCACCACGUAUGCCAGAGCCGAGCUGUGCUCUAGCACCCCUCUGCCCCCAAAAACAAACAGGGAUGUCAGGGACGGCAGCAGAGCUCGGUCCCAGCACCACCACGUAUGCCAGAGCCGAGCUGUGCUCUAGCACCCCCUCUGUCCCCACAAACAAACAGGGAUGUCAGGGACGGCAGCAGAGCUCACCUGGGAGGUGCCUGGUCUGCCAAGGGUCACAUCUGAGCCCAGCCCCAUGUUGCCAGGGAAAGCUUUGGUGCUGCGGUCUGUCAGUCUCCCCCACCCAUCUGCAAAACUGGCCUGGGCCAGUGAAGCCUCAGGAACAGCAAAAGAAAGUUUCUCGGUGCCGAUGCAGUCAGGCUUGGGAUCGGUAGGAGGCAGUCUGGUGUUCACACCUGGCCCAGGUGAGGCCUGCAGCCGCCUCUUGCCUUCUGGGAGCUCGCCUGUGGCUACUCAGCUGGGUACCCUACCUCCUCGCGGCACUUGAGAUUUGGGUGGGCAGCCCCUGGGCCUGGCGGGAGGGGAGAGGAGGGAGGGAAGGGCCUUCCACUGUGUUGUGAGCCCUGUCUGGGGAAGAAGGGCUCCUCAGCACUGACACACUCUGUGAGCCCUAAAGUCACUGGUGAAAGCAGGUUCACAGGAAUAAAAGCCUUUCUGCGUCA